AUGGAUGAGGCGGAAACAAGGAGCGACGUGCUCUCCAGAUGCAAGCGAGAGGAGACGGGCACGCAGGCGUGUGGCGAUACGACGCGCGUGUGGACGUGGUGGUUGGGAGAGGGAGGGAGGGAGUGGUCCGGGGGGUUGGCGGUGGCAAGCGAAGGAAGAGGAGUCGCGACAGAGAAGGAACAGGAGAACAGAGCGGAGCUGGGCAGAAGCGGGCUGGGCAGGACAGGGUAG